GGCCCGUUGUUGUUAUUCUUGCGGCGUUGUUGUUGUCGUGUUGUUGUUGUUCCGUCGACGGAUUCCGUCCCCGAGAGAGUCCAGUCCGAUCCGACCGCCCGCGCCGCGAUGCUGGCCCGCAACAGUGCUUCGCCCGUCACCACCGCGACGCCGCCGUUGUCGCUUUGACGCCGCACACGAUUAUUGUAGUGUUUUAAUUAUUAUUAUUAUUAUCACUAUUAUUGUUCGACCCGGCCGAGGGUUGCUUGCUUACUUACCCGAAGGGUUUUACUUACUUACCGCGGCGAAGUUCAGGUGCGGACUCAGCGCUCGUCAAAACACACCCUCGUCCGACCAUGCUGCCGACGUGCCGCCAUCGACCCAGAUGGUUGCCGGUGUUGGUGUUGAUGUUGGCCAUGUCGGUCCACGAUUGUGCCGGGUCUGAGGAAGCGUCCAACGAUACGACCACGACGACGACCACCACCACCACCACGGCGUCCACUACGACGACCGUCGCGUCCACCGCCAUCGUGGCCAUCACCGAAACCUCGUCGUCGGCCGCCGUGACGUUGUGGACGACGGACGCGGACUACGCGCUGUCGGCCGCCAACGAAACGUACGUCGGCAAACCGAGCAAGUUCGACGAGCACGUGGAAGACUGGCAGUACGUGGACAACCCGCUGUGGAACAUGACGGCGGCCGAGUCGACGGCCGUCGCCGGCGGCAAUUACACGUCCAGCGUGCUGUCGCCGCCACCGGUGCCCGCCACGUGCAAGAACUGCGGCGGCGCGUCCAAGACCCGGAACAAGCGCAACCACGACCGGCCGUCGUCCAAGUCCAAGUUCGCGGUACUCAAGGCGUACGCGGCCGGCGGUAAGUUGCACGCCUACCGGCUGAAGCGGUUCCGGCGGUCCACUUCCGUCGCGUUCCCGUCGCCGUCCGCCCGGGCGUACCACCAGGCCGACAUGGCCGCCGCCGCCGCAGCUUACCGGCGCCGUCACCGGUACCGGUACUACGGGCAGCCCGACCCGUCGCAGUACCACAUGGGUGUGACCGCGUGGGACCGGAACGCCGACUUCCGGCGCCGGUACUUGAGGUUUCCGCCCACGCACGACGCCCCGCCGCCCCCGCAACCGGCACCCUCGUACAACGGAUGGGCGCCGUCCGGACCGCCGGUUAUCGGGCCCGGCCCCCAGUCGCCGUACGCUUACCAUCAUCCCGUCGCUCCCGUGCCGGCCAUGGGUCCUAGGAGUCCCAGGCUCGUGUUUCGGGAUCCCGUGGACACCGGCACCCUGCAAGCGCCGUACGGCAACGGCGGCGGUGGACCCAACGGACUCCAAGACUUACUGGUAUCGCCGGCCGACGACGGCAUCAAAGAUGAAUGGGCCGACUUGGACGGCACCGAAAGCAAACGCAACAAGUUGUGCCCUACAGGAAGCUGCGAGUUCUUGCUCAGUUGCUGGAUGGCAUCCGGGUACAUAGAGACCACUUGCGGCGGCUUCCUGUACGUCUGUUGCGACCGGAAUUCCGGCAAGACGAACGACAAUUUCGCUAUCAAUGUUAACAGAGCGUCGCCGGUACCGGUCGACUACGGGCCAGUGACUAACGAUCCCAGUUGUGGAGUGUCCGUGGUCAAGCAACAAGGAGCGCAAAGGAGAAUUGUCGGUGGCGACGAAGCUGGAUUCGGCAGUUUUCCUUGGCAGGCUUACAUUCGCAUCGGUUCUAGUCGUUGCGGCGGUUCUUUGGUGAACAGAUACCACGUGGUUACGGCCGGACAUUGCGUGGCGAGGGCGUCGGCACGACAAGUUCAAGUAACGCUGGGCGAUUACGUUAUCAACUCGGCCGUAGAACCACUGCCGGCUUACACGUUUGGCGUGAGGAAAAUCAGCGUUCAUCCGUUUUUCAAGUUCACACCGCAAGCCGACCGUUUCGACGUGGCCGUGCUCAAGUUGGACCGACCAGUGCAGUACAUGCCCCACAUAGCGCCCAUAUGCUUGCCGGACAAGGGAGAAGACUUCCUUGGCCAGUACGGAUGGGCCGCCGGAUGGGGCGCUCUACAAGCCGGAUCCAGGUUGAGGCCGAAGACCUUGCAAGCCGUCGACGUACCCAUCAUCGACAACAGACAGUGCGAACGGUGGCACAAGUCCAACGGCAUAAACGUCAUCAUAUACGACGAGAUGAUGUGCGCCGGUUACAGAGAAGGGUCCAAAGAUUCGUGUCAAGGCGAUUCUGGCGGACCUCUGAUGUUGGAGAAGACCGGCCGUUGGUAUCUGAUCGGCAUAGUGUCGGCAGGGUACUCUUGUGCGCAGCGCGGUCAACCCGGUAUCUACCACAGGGUGGCCAUGACCGUGGACUGGAUAUCCUACAUCAUCAACUCUCAAUAGGGCACGACGACUGCUGCUGCAAGGAAAUCGACAAUUUACACACACACACAACAUAUUAUACCAUCUGAAUAAUAUGCAAAAUGCUAAAAGGUAGGCCUAUAAAAAAAACGUCAUCAAACGAGGUCGUAGGUAAUAUUAUUAUUAUUAUUAUUUAUUGUUAGUCACUCGGUCGCGUGUGUCGUAAACCAUCGAGAAAACGACCAAGACGAACCGAAACGUUGAAUUUGUUAAAAAAAAUUUUUAAAAAACGUUUUAUUAAAUUAUUAUUAUAUAUGUCGAGUAUCGCCUCAAAAAAAUGUUUCCUUCCCAUUUCAUCGUACCGUGCAAUAUAGUACUUUUAAAAAAAUAUGUACUUAUAUGUUCAUAAUAUCCUGUAUUGUAUUGUACUUGCCUAUGUGUGUAUUUAAAAAAAAAAAAUAAACAAAUGUAUGUGUAUUUAAUGGUGUGUAUAAACGGCGGUUCGCGCGUAAAUUCUACUUAAAUUAUUUUUUUAUUUAAUCUCAAAAAAAUUACCGCGGCCGCCGCACCUCCCCGUGACGUUCCGUAUAUAUAUAUAUAUAUACUAUAAUAUUAUAUUGUUACCGUGUAAAAACAUGUAUAGUACGAAUAUCUAUUAUUAUUAUUAUACAUAGUAAUCAUUAUUAUUAUUAUUAUUAUUUUUAAUUGUAUAAACUCACAAUGUGGCUGUAAUAAAUA